UAUAAACAGUGCAGUAAGCAUUACUCUAGUAUUCUAUUCCGAACUCACUGACGGACUGCGAGUAAUUCCAGAGUGGUGCGCGCGCACGGUGCGCUAUUAAAGCCUCGAGUAGCCGCGCAUUGCCAACAGAGCGUUCUGUCCUGGAGUGAGACGCGAGACGAGCAACAACUCAUGGACUGAAGCGAGGACGCUUACUUCAGAUCCCGACCACAAACCACUUCACGGUGCAAUUGCACAUCUCUUCCAGACCCCGCCGAGAGAUGUGGCUGCUGGAAAAGAUCCGCGGUUCAGUGGAGGGAAAUGUUCUCCGGCAGGGAGACUCGACUGACAAACAGAGCAAAGCCCCAACCUACAGCAACGUCCUCACCCCUGACAAGAUUCCCGACUUCUUUAUUCCGCCCAAAUUGGUGUGCUGCCCCCCAGAAGAGGAGACGCCGGAAAUGAAGCCAAAAAAUGGGCUCCAUUCUUCCACGCCCGAGCAGACCAUAUGCUGCAAGAUGCCACAGGGCAGUCCGCGCAGCCCGCGCCUCAUUAACAAGCUGGCUGGAGACACCAAGAACUUGCUCAAAGCUGCAAAUCGCCACAUCAUCCAGGUUGAGAGCGCAGAUGACUUGGUGGUCGGGGAAGUGGGCGUCCUCAACACAAACGCUGACCCCCAGUCCCAGACGGCCAUGUCCUUGCCCUAUGUACCCAAAGCGCAAACCUCCUACGGUUUUUCUACGCUCAUGGAAAGUCCUCACACGAGACGUAAAGAGUCCCUCUUCCAUAGCGACCCCACAAGUCCGCUCACCUCGCCCAACACCCAACGCAAGUCGCAGGGCAACCACUUAAACCCCAGUGACUGUAACAUCUCCCAUUCCAACCCCUACCGGUACUUCAGUGGAGGGGAGAGUGACACUUGCUCCUCGGCAGAGUCCUCCCCAUUCAACUCCCCUCUGUUGUCCCGUUCCGCAUCCCUCCUCAAGAUGUUCACCCACGAAACCCAAGCCAAAGUGUCCCGGGCCAAGCGCUCCUUCGGUCGGCACAGCUCUCUCUCCACAGAUGAGUGCAGCUCUGUGGAGACCAGCCCGAACAUUCAGAAGCGCCUCCGUUGCCCUCCUUCUCCGGCAUUCCGAGGACGGAAACAUGGAGGCAACAUGGAUCGCUUCACGCAGCACACCGUCAACCUCCACAAGGGAGGAACUCUACGCAUCUGCACAGACUACGACAUCGACGCCUCCAGGCUUCACGUCCGCGUGCUGGCGGCCGAGGCUCUCUACGAUAAGCAGUACGAUGCGAAGAGCAUCAACUGUUGCGUGGCUCUGUACCUGAACCCGGGAAAGCUCCAGAAACAGCGGAGCACCAUUAUCAAGAACAGCCGCAACCCUGUCUUCAACGAGGACUUCUACUUUGACUCCCUUCCGGUUGUGCAGGUGAAAAACCUCGCCAUCAAGAUGAAGGUAGUCAACAAAGGCACCAGUCUAAAGAGAAAUACCUUAUUGGGAGAGAGGGAGGUACCCCUGAAGGAGUUACUUUCCGGGAUAUAGAGGUCAGAUUUUGUCCUCCAGACACACCAAUGCGGUCUUCACCUAACAGAACCAGACAAGGAAAUAUCCCAGCUUUGAGUCCUCAAAGUGAUUUGGUCCCUUUGGUUGCAGAACUCUCCAACUAACUGUGUGCAGCUUCCCAACAUGUUUACCAGCAGUGAGAGUGAAUGGAUGUACAGUACUGUAUGUGUGAGAUAUUCUGUAAAUUUGGCCCAUGAGUGUACAGGCAUGCUUCGAUUGUAUACAUGUGAGUUCCCAGGGUUUGUGUUUGUUGAGACCAGUGUCUUCUUGAUUCCAGACCCUGCUGGGUCUCACUGUUGGAGACACAGAUAGAUAAAACAGCUCCCCAUCCACAUGGCAUAUCUUGACAACAAAAGCACAUUAUUGUAGACUGACGCUUUGAAGUCACUUAAGGCCAGAUGCAAAUGCAUGCUUCAUCAGCCGUUUGAGCCUUAAAAUGACGAGAAUGACAAAUAUAUAUUUGUCCCCCAUAUUGCUAUAAUAACAGUGUUUUGCCUUAUGCCUCUUUAAUUCCGCUCUUGAGACUGUGACAUUUCUCUCACUGUAAAACUGGACUUUUGAUGUUUUUUUUUUCUUUUUGAACGCUGAAUCUGUGCAGUUAAAAACACCCUUCAGCCUUAUUGAGUGACAAGCUGCUCACUUUGAGUGACACUGAACUUUUUAGAGAGGGCGUGAUUCGUGAUUGGACAGAGCAUAUGACAUCAUCAUGAAUGUCAAGACAAUGUGAUUUCUGUAAAUAGAAGGCUCUUUUAAAUCUGCUUCUGUGUAGCUGCAUCUGAAAUCACUCCCUAUUCCCUAUAAAGUUGACUAAAUAUUACGCAGUUUGGAGAAAGAGUUCAAAAUACUACUGGAAACAAAUGUGCCAAAAACUACCAUGGUAUUACCAUGUUUUUUUUGGACAUGCUUGUGACAAUGCUAUGACAUUUUUUGCAGUUACUUGGAUUGGCAUGGGUUCUUGGGCAUGUACCAUAGUUUUGACAUUUACCACGGUGAUUUAUAUGAAAAUGGUAACCAUGCAGUACCAUAGUAUAUGUCAGAGUAUUGUAGUAUUACGAUACCUGAUCUAAUACCAUUGCUUUACCAUGGUAAUAUCAUCGUUUUUUUGGGCAUGUACUGUGAAAAUACCUUGCUUUUGGACAAGUACCAUGCUGAUACCAUAAAGUACCAUAUUUGCAUGGCAGUUUAUACCCUUAUUUUUUCACAUGACCCAAAGUUUUGGACAUGUAACCUGAAUAUAUCUUAGUAUUCUUUGAAGUACCAUGAUACUGUGUAUAUCAAAAUAUUUACCAUGGUACUGUUUUUGCAAGGGAUAUACUAGUAACCAAAAGUUGCACAGGUUAAACUGUUAUACCGAGGCUAUGCUAACAUACACAAUGCUUGCAAAGAAGUUUCUUCAGAACAACAACGUAUGUGUUGACGUUUCUAAAGGGCAUUAACGGUGCCCACUAGUGCCAUUUUAGCUUAAAUCUCAGGUUAGGGAACAUAUUGCAUUUUCGUAUGUGUGCACUUUAACACGUUGUUGACUUGCAACAGUUUAUGGUGCAUUGUGGGUAUCGUUUAGUAAAGUAUAAAAUUGUUCAAUAAGAUGUGGGAUAUCCCCCAGGAAAUAUGGAGUUUUUUCAUACAGCGUUUAUGUUCAGAAAGUGUUCAGUUGAUUAUUCUUCUAUUAAAUAUGUGCACAGAGUUUUGGCAUGUUUAUAGUAGAUGUGUUUGUAGAUGUUUUCCAGUGGGAGCAGUUGCAUGGCAAAAUGUUCAAGCCCACAUGUUUUCUUUUCUAUUGUUAUUGAGUCAGAUGGUGAACAUGUAAGAUAUAAGCUCACAUCUUUUCUUCACGUCAUCCCCUGUAUUGGAUCCACAACACUAACACUAUUUUGUAUAUUGUACUUGAUACUCAUUUUUACCACAGAGCACAACAGUGACUGUACAUUUUUUCCCCAAUUUUGGACAUGUAUUUUUCUCAUUCAUUUUCUCCACUGGUAAUUUGAGAAAAAGGUGUUAAAUAAUAAUAGGCUGAAAUGAAAAGUCUGUCUUGAAAGGUUUAUAUCUUACAGUUAAAAACCUGAAAAUUAAUUUUCACCUCACCCUAAGGUUUCACUUAAAUGCUGUUGAUUAAAGCCGAGUCAGAUAAAUUUGGACUUUAAAAUUACCCUUGUAUAAGACACUGUAAUGCGUCAUACAUGGCAAGCUCUUUGUUUGACCUAAAGAGUGUCCGGUAAUAUUCCUGAGAGCUCUUCAAUCAGGUUGCCACACUCUUCUGUUCUUGAGUGGAUUCACACAAUUGCACCGCUAUUAGAAGUGAGACAGAUUGUCUUGCAGUUCUGGCUUCAGCUCAAGGUAACACAUCUGUGUGUUUCUGAUGAAUCAUUUGCAUAUCCUUAAGGGUGAAGUGUGUAAUUUUUGUGCCACAUGCGACACCAAAUGGAAUUGCAACUAGUUUUUCAUGUUUUGUUUUUCCAAUGGAACGUGAGUGAUUUCCUUGUGCAAAAGUUUCUAAGGAGUUAUUGUUGGUUGCCACCUCAGAAAUUCGUUUCAGAGGCUUUUGAUUGAAGAUUAUUAAGAGUUUUUUUUUUUUUUUUUUUGAGUAACAUGCAGAUGAAUCAUGCACAAUAAAGUUGCAGUCACAGUAGCAAAAUUUUGCAUGCAAAAAUUGGCCCAUUGUCUAUUGUCAGUAGUGUAGCAAUGCAUGAAGUGCAACUCACUUUCAAACCAAACAUCUUUCCGGUGGUCAACGUGGCAAAAGUGUACGAUUACCUUUAACCUGUUGAGAAAUCUUCAUGGCUAAAUCUUUCUUCCACAUGCAAAAUUCCCUUUUAAAAUGGCUUGAUUUUGACUGCAAAAAUUCCAAACCUUAAAGCUCAGAAAGUGCAUUAAGAAAACAGUCAGUUUUCAUUUCAUCUUGACUUCUAUUGCUCUUUUAGAUUUAGUUUCAUGAUAUAGCAUGUGGCAUACAUUUGAAUAAUCAGUUUUAGUGCUAAACAGUCUUUCCCUUUAAAUGCAAUUAUUUUGUCAUUUCCGUUUUCCAUUUUUCUUUCAUUCAUUGAUUUGUACCUGUUGAGUUACCAUCUUUCAACUUUCAUUGAAAGCACUUCCAUGUCACGUUUGCCAAGCUGAAAACAUGUAUUAGACAUUAAAGGGGGAAAAAAAGCACUUGGACCAAAUGGUCCACAAUUACAUGAAUUCUAUUUUCAGCGCUCUUUCAAAAAGGCCAAAUUAGAUUUCCCAUCAGAGCCACGUAGAAAACAGAAAGCCUUAUUCCUGUCGGAGACUGAGCUCUUUUUGAUUGGCAGAGAAUUCAAAUUAGAAGAUGAGAAAUAGAUUCCAGAAGGGAUUCAAUAUGGGGGGUGUUAAAUCACAUUCAUUUCCGUAACCAUCUUCCUGUACGUGAGAUUAAAGUCUCGCACUUGUGUUUCGGAUAAUUCAUGGAAAAUGAAGUGCCUAUCUACUGUACUUGAUUCCCGUUCCUUCCCUGAGCCCGUCACCAGCCGCAGCGUUCCUAUGCAUGUGUACAUAAACACCCCUCACCUGUGAUGUGCCGUUUCAAACCCGGAAAUCAGCAUUCCUAAAUAGUGUGGUGUUUCGGCUUGUUGUUAUUCUGAAGACGGAUGUGGUUUUGAUUAGAUGCACUGUCGUCAUGCCGUUUAUUUUUGUUUGUUUGUUUGUUUGUUUUAGCUUCUUUCCAGUG